AAAAUACUAUAUAAAUUGAAAAAUCAGUGAUUUUAAAAGCCGAAAGACUCUAGCAAUUUCUGUGCCUCCUGGAAAAAGUAGAAUUUCGGGUAACCACCACACCUAUGAGACCAGUGAAAGCUUCGCCUGGGGUUUUAUAUCUGAGGCGCAUGACUGGAACCUUUUGGGAGGACGGAACACUUUGGAAGCGGCACAACAUCUGUUAUUCAAAGAGGCACAAUGUAGCAGACCUUGCCACCGUCGGACAACUAAAGGAAUUUUUCGUAGCGCCUGUAUACGCAGCACGCCGACAACUGCGCAUGCCACAAAGCCCGGACUCCCGAACUUGCACCCCCGCCAAUCGAGGCCAGCAGAAAAGCUGAGGGAGGAAAAAAUUAGGAGGAACAGCAGGGGACACCUGCAGCAACACCUGCCCAACCGGGAGCCCAAGGAAAUCUUAAUUUAGGAGCCAGGGAUUUCAAGGAACUCGAGGAAGAAGGAGCUAUACGACUUUACUUUAGGCAGCUCCAAGAAACCAUAGUAAAUUUGGAGCAUUCUAUCAAGGGAAUCUAUGCAAGAAAUCGUACAAAACUAAGGAACUCAAGUAAUUCAAAAAUCAUUUAUUGAAUCUAGGAAACAGAAGGUAUCAAAGUUCUUAAAGAAACUUAAAGAAUUAUAUGUACUAUACUAAUCAGUAACUUUGAGAAACUGAAGAAGCCUAAGGAACCUGAAGAAUUCACGGAACUAAACCAAUCCAAAGAAAUCAAGGAACCCAAGUAAUUCGAAAAAAAACGCAAGGAAACUAAGGAACAGAAGGUAUCAAAGUAUUUCAAGAAACCCAAAGAACCUGUACUACCCAAUAAGUUAAAGAGAUCUAAGUAGCCAACGGAACCUGAAGAAUUUGCGGAAUCUGAAGAAUUCGCGGAACCUAAUCAGCAAAGGAACUCUUAAGGUCUAGUAACGCAAGGAACCCAAGGAUCUAGGAGAGGUAUUCAAGGAACUCAAGGAACCUUUGGAACCCCAAGGAACUCAAGGAACCCUGGGACUCUAGGAACUCAUAGUAUAGCCAGAUCCCUUAGCACAUAGCUCCCAAGAAUGGCGGCUGUGGUUCAUGGAUGCAGCAGUCCGCGGCAGCGCUCCUGCAAUGGCAGCAGUUCUCCGGGCGGUCACCAUGGCUCCACGCCCUCCUCCGCCUACCCCACCAUGCCCAAGUACUCAAGGACCGUCAGUCAGCAGCUGUACGCCACAACUCAGCAGUUUUUCGCCGGCGCAGGAGGGAUGCAGGAUGCGGGCUACGGCUAUGGGAUGUCAUCCUCCGGCGGACAGAGACCGCUCUCCGCCUCCGCUCUGCCGGAAACGGCGGCGGCCAGUCGCAACUAUUGGGGUCACCACAACGCCUUCUAUCACACGGGCGGCAGGCAUUACAGCAAGCGCAAGUCCGCCGUGGAGCUGCUGGCGGAGUCCAAGCCCUUCUACAUCAAAUCCGAGGCGGUUUUCGAGCGACUGCAGCAGGCGAGCUACCGCAAUGGAGGGGGCAACAAUGGAGCCAGCGGAAAGAGGGGACGCAGACCGGAUGAGCCGUCGUCCCAUGGGUAUCAUCAUGACCUGGAGGACAGGCGGUACAUGAGCUUGAAUCUCAGUCGGCAGCAGCAGGUGCAACAGCAGGUGCAACAGCAACAGCAGCAGCAGCAGCAACAGCAGUACCUGCACAACCACCAUCCCCACCCACACCAGCACCACCCGCACUCCCGACACGCCCAAGGCCAAGGUCAAGGUCGAGUCGGGGGAGGUGGCGGGGUAGGGGGAGUCGGCGGAGCAGCCGUGAACAACAACCUACUGCAGCAUAAGCUGCGCAUGCUGCUGGGAUCGGAGACGGGAAAGGAGCGCAACGGAGGCGGAGGAGCCACCUUGAGGCGUCACGAGAUGAACGACGGCAGUGCGGAGCUCCUGCCCACGGAUUACGGCGAGGAGGAGCUGGGUGGGCAGGCGGGCGCCCUCAGGAUCCCCCCGCCCCUCUACAUGCCCGCCCAUGGUUUCGGGCGGGACGGCGAGGAACCCCUUGUUCUCACCGAGAACUAUCGACCCAUCAGCCCGCCCGCCGAGUAUGCGGCCAAGUCGGGUCAGGCCCACAACGAUCGCUACAGAUACAACUACCAGCGAUCGUACUCGCAUUCGCACGAGGUUCCCAACACGGGGGAGGAUCGCAGUGCCCCCUAUCCCUCCGGCGACUUCAACAUCAAUAGCCACAAGUCGCUGCCGGAUCUGCACACCCAGAUCAGUCGUCACUCCCCGCACAGCGAGAUCCUGAGCUGCUGCAGUCGGGGAAAUCGGUCGAUCAAGUCCGCCGGCGAGUCCUCGAUCAACCGCGAUUCCGGCGGAAGUUCCGGUCACUACACCCAUCGCAGUGAGCCGUGCUACAAGAGAGAGCGCCAAAGGGAUGUGGCCGGAAGUGGGGCUCCGGCGAGCGGAACAAUCAAAAACUGUUGCACCCUGGUGGCGGCCACCCGGAGGGAUAGUGGUUCCUCUACCCAGCAUAGUGCGAAUUCCUACUGUGGCUAUGUCACUCCGGCUGGGGAUUACUCGGGCAUGAGUGGGGGUCGCAACACGGAGUGUUUGGAUUGCCGCUGCAAACAGGACACCGGAAUGGGUUCCGAUUAUCUGCUUAACUUUACGCCCACUCCAGAGGUUCCGGAGGCCUUCCAGGACGACUACACACCCACUCCCCCAUCGCCCAGGCUCAAGACCCAGACGCCCCGAUACUCGAGCUCCUCCAGCCAGCAGCUGCACACCAGUUCCCAGGGCUACACGAGCAUCAAUCACUCGCAGAGCUCCCUGGUCCAGAGUCCCGGAUCGGCGCCCUCCGUGGACGACAUCAGUCCACCGCCCAUCCAGUUCAAAAGGCAGCGGUGCAUCCGCUUCAAGAACAGGAAUCGACUGCCAGUUCAAGGAGAAAUGGGAGGACCACCGGGAUCAGGAGGAAGCCUAGCGCCCCCGGGAUCUGGAGGAAUGGGCCCGGCUAGCGGUGUCCUGGCUGCGUACAAGCAGCAUCGAGGCAGUGUGGACCACGAGAACGUCUUCUUCCCCAAAGGUUUCUCCUCGGAGGUCUACCACAGCAGCUUGGACAUGGAGAGGGAGGCCCUGAAUGCCAGCAUUUCGGAGCUGGAGAAGUUCUUCGAUCGCCUGGGACUGAACGAUGAGGCCUUCCACGAGAUCUACAGUCAGCCGAGGAGACACCACUCGGAAACGGAUGACGCCUCGGAUGAUUCCAGCACCGUUUUCUUCUCGGAUGUGAGCACCGUGGACUCGAUGAGAUUGCCGGAUAGUACGGAAACCCAGCCGCAGGCCACCCAAGCCUAUCGACCCUCGGAACCGCCAUCGAUUGUGGAGCGCAAUGCCAGGAUCAUCAAGUGGCUGUGCAACUGCAAGAAGAUGCAGUGCACCUGAGGAUCGCCGGGGCAGUGCAGCUGCGGAUUCGGAUUUGGAUUCGGACGCUGAGCCACUGAUUUAUAGAUUCUACUCGACCACCCCGAUUAAAACACGACUGCGGAUUUAUGCAAAAACAAAACACUGAUCACAGAUGGGUGGUUGGUUCCUUUGGGUUAUAAAAUCGUCAUAAGGAGGAAAAGUAAUCCAGGGUAAAAAUGUUAGCCUACACAUUUUUUUUUGCUAAGCAACAUAAGCCACUAAACCGAUUACAUAUCUUAAUCAUUAAAUAGCUAAAAAAUAAUUGAAGGUUUUAUAGGCCCUACAAAUAUUUUCUGCUUGCUCAAGAUACGCUAUUUCAAGCUUAAUUUAUUUAAAAACCAAUAGAAAUAUCUAACAUGAAAAUUAACGGACACACUUAAUACUUUUUAAAAUUUUUUAAUAAAUAUUUUCAUAGUAUCCAAUUUAUAUAAGGAAGACAAUUUAAAAAAUAUAUAAUAAAUCAAUAAAAAUAUUGCAACAUUAAAGAAAAAAUGCCGGUUCAUAACUGGAAAAUCGAUAUUCUGUUGGUUCUAAAAUUUAAAUAUUAAUAUUCAUUUGCCAAAAAUUACCCAGAGAUAACUUUUCACCUUUAUGCUUUUUACUCCAAAAGAAUCAACCACCUGUCCACGGAAAUCCACAAAAACACUGCUCAAAAAGUCAAGUUAAGUCAGUUGAAAGUUUCGAACAUGAUUAGCAUGGUUAGCCUCACCUACCUGUACAAUGGAACUAGGAAUUACGAGCAGGAGUCUCGAUUCGAUUAUGGAUGUGCGUUUCUUCUCUUUUACUGCGCCCGUUCUCGCGCAGUUCAAUUACACCAUUGAUAUUUGUAUUGCCAACGGUAAUGAUAUUGUCUUACGUAUACUAAUCAACUAGCAAGCGAUCGUUCAUAUUACUCUUAUACACAGCGGUAUUAUUAGAUGAAUUAUUGUACAAUUAGUUCUCGUAACUUAUAUAUAUAUAUAUAAAUAUUAUACAUAUACGACUAGUUGCCAAAACCGAAAACAAAUAAAGUACACGAAACCACUAAAAUCACAAAUUGAAAUUGAAAUGAACCUACCUAUUUAUGUAAUUGUACAUGGUUUGCAUGGCGAAUAAAUAAAAUAUUUAUGAUUAUCAAAUUAAUUGAAAUAUAUAUAGAAAAUCAAUGGAA